AAUAUUUUAAAAGAAAGUAUUUAUAUUGAGUGAGAUAUAUUGAAUCAUGUGGAGGAGGUUGUGGUGGUGUGAGGCUUUGAAGCAGGGCAUGUCUGCUGCCAUUGUUAGGAGACCUCCACCGUCUCUGCAGAAUCCGCUGCUGUUGGAGAGAGUGACGCUGAAAGUUUGGUUGUCCUCUUCAUCUUCUGAUUCCGAUGCAACCUCUGGUUCCAAAAAGACGGGAGCAGAAGUAGAGAGCGUAACAUUUGCUGAGGCCAGGAAGUUGAUGAGGCUGGUCAAUGUGGAAUCACUCAAGGCCAAGCUAGGGAUAGAAGGUAAAGAGGUGGUUGGCUACUCGGAGUUAUUGAAGGCCUGUGAGAGCAUGGGUGUUGCUAGAUCUCUAGACGAGGCCAUUGCUUUUGCACGUGUUCUCGAUGAGGCCGGCAUUGUACUUCUUUUUCGCGACAAGGUUUAUCUUCAUCCCGAUAAGGUGUUGGAUUUGAUUAGAAGAGCAGUACCUCUUGCUUUGUUUGCCGAAGACGACCCUUUAAGAGAUGAGCUAAAGAAGCUGCAGGAGAAGAAGGAAGAAAUCGAUGUGCAAGCGCAUAAGCAAGUUCGAGGCAUCCUAUGGUGCGGUCUAGGAUUCUCAGUGUUACAAGUGGGACUGUUCUUCCGGCUAACGUUUUGGGAGUUCUCAUGGGAUGUAAUGGAGCCGAUUACGUUUUUCACCACGGCCACCGGUAUAGUCGUAGGCUAUACUUACUUCUUGUUUACUUCGAGAGAUCCUUCGUAUCAAGAUCUACUGAAGAGGCUUUUUCUGUCUAGGCAAAGAAAAUUACUGAAGAAGCAUAAUUUUGACAUUAACAGGUUGAAGGAGUUGCAAAACACGUUGUGAUGCCUCUUUGUCGAUCCGAAAUCGUGUGGGGUUGGAUGUAGAAUUGGAUGUUGCCUUACACAAGGAUUAGGCAUUAUAGCUCUUCUUUCAUGUAUUUCUUUUG